UACAAACUUCAAAUCGCCUCUGGUUCAUACAAACCAGAACCAAGAAUUAUAGUCUGAGGCAUAGCUUGAGGAAGAUAGAAAGAGAGAGGUGAUGAAGAAAUGCGAGCUGUGCAAGAAGGCUGCAAGAAUAUAUUGCGAUUCCGACAAGGCGAGCUUGUGUUGGGACUGCGACUCCAGGGUCCACAGUGCAAACUCCAUCGUGACCAAGCACACCAGGGUUCUUCUUUGCCGCGCCUGCCGGACUCCGACUCCCUGGACCGGCUCCGGCCCCAGGCUCGCACCCACCGUCGCUCUCUGCGUGGCAUGUGUUCGUAAUGGAUACGACAAGGACGAGGACGAGGACGAGGAGAUUAAGGAUUUCAGUAUUCGUAAUGAUAAUGAUGAUGAUGAUGGUGAGAAUCAAGUUGUGCCUUGGGCCCUGCAGGCCUCAUCUAUGGCUUCCACGACUGAUGAUUCUUGUAGGGUUUCCAGCCGAGUGUCAGGUAUGUCUGAGAAACGUCAGAUCCGGGAUAGGGAAAAUCAGGGUUAAUUUGCCAGAUGAUGAUGAUCAAAUUCAGCUACAUUGCCAUAAUUAUGUGUUCUUGUGAUUAUAGCUAAUUAUUAAUACUACCGUCAAUCUUUUUAACGGCUGUAAAUGUUUUAACUAAUUCCCGGAUGUUAAAGUAUUUGUAUCUGUAUCUUUUCAAAUCACCCGACAACUACUCCAUAAAUUAAAACCCACUUUAUUAUUAAUUUCA